AAUCGUACACUCCCAAAGACAUCUUUUACCUAAAUCUGCGGUGUCUGUUCUGUUGUUCUGUUGUUCUGUCUUUGUUCUUUGUAUGUUCAUUUCAUCAUCUUCCAAUUCUCUCUGUUUCAUUCAUAUUCAUAUUCAUAUUCAUGGGGUAUCUCCAUCUCUCUUGCAGAGCUGAAUCCGCAGUUUCCACUUCCAAUUCUCUAUCAAACAAAGACAAAACCAUCAAGAUCCAACACUUCCAGUACACCGACCUUGAAGCCGCCACCAAUGGCUUCUCCGACCGCCACCUCCUCGGCAAAGGCAGCCACGGCUACGUCUACAAAGCCAUCGUCCACGGCCGUCCCGUCGCCGUCAAAAGACCCUCCAGACCUCACUCUCUUCUCCCCCGACCCAUCUCCUCCUCUUCCUCUGCUCCUGCAGAGAUAACCAACGAGGUUGACAACGAGAUCGAUAUCUUGUCCAAAAUUCAGAGCCCCAGGUUGGUCAAUUUGGUCGGUUUCACCAAUGAUUCUAGGGACAGGCUUUUGGUGGUGGAGUUCAUGAGCAAUGGAACACUCUAUGAUGUUCUUCAUUCCUCUGCUAGAACACCCAAUUGGGGUAGGAGAAUUCGUUUGGCUUUGCAAACUGCUAAGGCUAUUGAUACCCUUCAUUCAUCAACCCCACCAGUCAUUCAUAGAGAUAUUAAGUCUGCAAAUGUUCUCAUAGACCGCCACUAUAAUGCAAGGUUAGGGGAUUUUGGUUUGGCUCUGAUGGGUCAUGUCAAUGGCUACAAUUUCAGGUCCACUCCACCUGCAGGCACAAUGGGGUACCUUGAUCCUUGUUAUGUGACUCCUGAUAAUUUGAGCACUAAAACUGAUGUGUUUAGUUUUGGGAUUUUGUUGUUGGAGAUUAUCAGUGGAAGGAAAGCAAUUGAUGUUACAUAUUCACCACCAUCAAUUGUGGAUUGGGCUAUUCCUCUUAUCAAGAGAGGGAAGUUGGUGGCGGUUUAUGACCCUAGAAUACCACCUCCUAAGGAUCCUGUUGUGAGGAAGCAAUUGGCUGUGAUUGCAGCAAAGUGUGUGAGGUCUUGUAGAGAGAGAAGGCCUUCCAUGAAGGAGAUUGUGAAUUGGCUUUGUGGGUUGUGUAAGUUGGUGCCUCUUCAUUCAUGGAAUGGUUUCAACAACCCUUGUAUGAUGGUUGAGACUGUGGGGAGGCCUGUUGAAGCAAGAAAAAAUGGUGAAUUCGGCGCGGAGGAAGGGAAUUUUGAUGGUUUGGAUGGUGCUAGAUUGUCAAAGUCUGCAGUGAGAUAUUCAAGGAGGGUGUAUUCUGAUUUGGGGUUCAGCAGCAACUUGAUGGACCUUAUGGCUCACACUGAGGAGCCAGAGUUUCUAAGAGAUGCUGAUGGAGUAGAACACACUCAACAAAGUUCUAAACCAGCUGAGAAAGUUUCUAGCUCAAGAUUUGGUAGUGGAAGAUACUUCAGCAGAGGAAAAAAUUUGUACCGGCCUUGUGGUGCUGAUAAGGAUGUGUUUGGCUUGAGUAAAGGCCAGAUUGUUGGCGAGUCUUCUUCAAAACAGGAUGUGGUUUCUGAUUCGAAUUUGAAUUCUCUGGCAGCUGAGGUGAUCUAGUUUAAUUGUAGAAACAUUUGAUUGAGUGAUGCUCAGGCUUGUAAGUUUUUUGCUUGCGAAUUAUACUUAUGUGGAUUUGUUGUUAGUUCAUUAUUUGUGGAUUUCAGAAAUGACCUCUUCAUGUAUCAGGAAUUUGGAUUGAAGGGCACAUUACUGAUGUCCCCUUAACUUUGUUCAAAAAAGUUUGCCAAAGGUUUUGUUCCCCUUUUUCUUCCCAUCAAUGACAAAAUGCAAAAGUCAAUGUAUGAUUCAGGAACUCAUGAGUGUUGUUAGCCUUUUUUACAUACAUGAAGCUGCAGCAGAAAAAUUGUAAAAAUUCCUCCAAUGCUUGUUAGUUGAAUAACCUGUUUGUAUGUAUGUAGCUCAAAUAAACUUUCAAUACAAGUCCUGUUGUGAAUUGUAAUCCUUUUUGGCAAUUCUAUUAUUUACUUUUUUUCUUCUUAAUUUACUAACUAGUAGGCUUAUUUCAAGUGAA